AUGGACCUUGGAGAUUAUGGUCAGGUGGCAGCGGCUGCGGGUGCUGCGGCUGCUGCGGCUGCGGCGGCUGCGGCGGCUGCUGCGGCGGCUGCUGCGGCUGCUGCUGCGGCCGCUGCGGCUGUUGCGGCUGCUGCUGCGGCCGCUGCGGCCGCUGCUGCUCCGGCUGCUGCUGCUGUGGCCGCUGCGGCUGCUGCUCCGGCCGCUGCGGCUGCUGCUGCUGCUGCCGCUGCGACUGCUGCUGCUGCGGCGGCUGCGGCUGCUGCUGUGGCUGCUGCUGUGGCUGCUGCUGCGGCUGCUGCUGUGGCUGCUGCUGCGGCUGCUGCUGUGGCUGCGGCUGCUGCUGCGGCUGCGGCGGCUGCGGCUGCUGCUGCGGCUACCACUGCGAUCAUAGAUGUUUGGAGUGGGCUCGCUAAGUUGCAGUGA